CCUAAUUUCCUCAUUAUUAACCCUUUAUUCCCCCCAUCUCCCCAUUAUUAGCCCCUAAUUUCCCCGUUAUUAGCCCUCUAUUCCCCUUAUUUCCUCGUUAUUAGCCCUCAAUUUCGCUAAUACCCCCAUUCCCAGCCCUCUGUCCCCUUCUAUUCCCCUUACACCCCCUAUUAGCCCUCUAUUCGCCUAAUACCUGCCUAUUAAUUAAUAAUUACUAAGUAAUUAUUAAGUAAUUAUUAAUUAAUAAGUCAUUAAUAUCAAUUAAUUGCCUCAUUAAGGGCGCGAGGCCUCGCUGGGCGAGGCGGGCCGGGAGCUGGCGGCGGCUCAGGAGCUGCUGGGGCGCCUGGAAGCCGAAGUUAACGAGCGGCGGCAAUUAGCGGCGGCGCUGCGGGAGGCGCGGAGAGCGGCCGAGCUGGGGCAGGCGGAAGCGGAGCGGCUCCGUGACGAGAUCCCGGCGGGGUUGAAGGAAUUAAUUAGCGCGGCGGCGCUAACGAAGCAGGCGGCGCUAACGAAGGCGGCCGCCUUAACGAAGCCGGCGCCGUUCAUUAAGCAGGCGGCCUUAAUUAGCGCCGAGGAGUUCGAGGCCGUGCCGGCCUACAUGCGGGGCCGCCUGACGCUGCAGCACCUCAACUCAACCCUCGGCGACCUCAACGCCGCCGUCACCCGCAAGUACACCCUCCUCCGCCAACAGCCCAAAUCCACCGGCCCGACGACCUCCGCCUUCCACCACCGUUUCCUCCAGGACGAAACCAAGGAAACCCGAGGUCUCUUCUUCGUGGUGGAGGCCGACGUCAAGGAGUUCACCCGGCUGCGGGUAGACAAGCGCUUCCACGGCAUCCUCAACGUCCUCCGCCAUUGCCGACGCGUCCGGGAGGUGCGGGGUGGCGGCCUUGUUCGUUACGUGCUUUGCUAACGAGCCGCCGCGCUCGUUAAGGAGGCAGGAUUCCUAAUUAGGAGCACUGGGUGGCGUUCAUUGCUCUCCGAUCGUUGGCUGGCUGUAGCUUGGGGUGGCUGGAGGACCAAUGGCGGCUGGAGGACCAAUGGCGGCUGGAGGUGCCCGCCUCCUUCGUUAUCCCCUUUGCUAACGAGCUGCCGCACUCAUUAACGAGGCAGGAUUCCUAAUUAGUAGCGAUGUAUUUUGUAAAUUGCUCCCUGCUCCUUGGCUCGCUGUAACUUGGGGCGGCUGGAGGACCAAUGGCAGCUGGAGGUGCCCGCCUCCUUCGUUAUGCCCUUUGCUAACAAGCCGCCGGCCUCAUUAACGAGGCAGGAUUCCUAAUUAGUAGCAUUGGAUGUCAUUAAUUGCUCUCCGAUCGUUGGCUGGCUGUAGCUUGGGGUGGCUGGAGGACCAAUGGUGGUUGGAGGACCAAUGGCAGCUGGAGGACCAAUGGCGGCUGGAGGAGCCCGCCUCCUUCGUUAUGCCCUUUGCUAACAAGCUUCCGCACUCAUUAAUGAGUCAGGAUUCCUAAUUAGUAGCGAUGUAUUUUGUAAAUUGCUCCCUGCUCCUUGGCUCGCUGUAACAUGCGGUGGCUGGAGGACCAAUGGCAGCUGGAGGACCAAUGGCGGCUGGAGGAGCCCGCCUCCUUCGUUAUGUCCUUUGCUAACGAGCUGCCGUACUCAUUAACGAGGCAGCACUCCUAAUUAGUAGCAUUGGAUGUCAUUAAUUGCUCUCUGAGCGUUGGCUUGCUGUAGCGCUGGGAGGCUGGAGGACCAAUGGCGGCUGGAGGCGCCCGCCUCCUUCAUUACGUCGUUUGCUAACGAGCCGCCGGACUCAUCAACUCCCCCCCAGCCCCUAGUGGUCCUUAACGAGUCGGGCUUCCUAAUUAGCACCGUUGUAUCUCAUAAAUUAAUUAAUCUCAUAAA